AUGUACCAAGCGAUGCUUGCCAAACCCGCCGGCAACGUGCACUUCUACUGCUCGUCGGGCGGAAACGCAGGCCUGGCGUGCGCAACGGCGGCAGCGACCCUGGGACAGCCGUGUACUAUCGUCGUGCCGAUGAUUACUUCCCAGCACAUGAUUGAGAAGAUACGACUCCUCGGCGCCAAAGUCCACCAGGUAGGCACCAACUGGGCCCUCGCGGACGAACACCUACGCACCGCGCUCCUCGCCCACGACCCCACCGGCGUCUACGUCCCGCCCUUCGACCACCCGGACAUCUGGGCGGGCAACAGCACCAUCGUCGACGAGCUCGCCACGCAGCUGCCGGCCCACGGCGUAGCGCACAUCGACGGCAUAGCGUGCAACUGCGGGGGCGGCGGGCUGCUCAACGGGAUCAUGGCCGGCGUGCAGAAGCACUACACCUCCGCCGGGGCAAAAGAACCGACGGUCCUGGCUGUCGAGACCGUAGGGGCGGACAGUCUGAACGCCAGCGUCAAGGCGGGACAACUGGUCACGCUGCCGGGGAUCACCAGCAUCGCGACUAGUCUGGGCGCGCCGCGGGUCGCGGAGCGCACGUUCCGGUGGAGUCGGGAGGCGCGGCAUCUGGAGAGCUUGGUGGUGACGGAUGCGGAGGCGGUGAUGGGUCUGUGCGGUUUGCGGACGACGCGCGGGUGUUGGUGGAGGUGGCGUGCGGGGCUACGCUGGCGACGGUGUAUAAUGGGGACUUGA